UUUUCAAAUGUCCUAAAAACACAGUUCUGCUUGUGUGCGUGAACAAACGUCAACAUUUGUUUACCAAAAUAUUGUAGAAUACCUGUGUACAGCGGAAACGUACGAUCACAGAAGGCCUUUUCAUAGGCGUAUGAACACAACCGACAGAAUUCACAGAGUUCUCACAGCGAAAAAAUGGCUUCAAGCAGUAGCCAAAGAAGUGGGCUGUUAAGCGGACAUGAGAUGGUUGAACAUCAUACCGAGUCGUAUGAAGUGCAAGCACAAUUCAAUAGAUUAGUCUCUUUGGAAGAAUUAGAUGAAACACGACAAGCAGAUCUGGAUCGAAUGAAAGACCAGUUUCGCCGAUUACUGUCGCAGCAAAGAGUGAAUAAAUUGGAAAGCAUCUCGGAAGGAGUGUGGGAACAUGAUCAUCGUCGGAUUCGGAUUACGAAGAUGGAAGGAAAAUGGCAAUCGUUCGGAUAUGAGGAUUCCACUGGCAAAUAUGUGGAAAAUCACGAAGGCUUAUAUCUGAUGGAAAUGAAUCGAUUAAUAGUAAGAUGGAACGGCAUGGUUUUGUCAAUCGAGCAAGGAUACAGUUUAUUGCUAGGUAACGCCGGAACGCUCACGCUAGAAGAAUAUCAAGUCUAUUCAAUUCUUGUACGGGCUAGCUAUUACGUUCUGCGGUAUGAUCCAUCGCGAAAGUAUUGCACUGCUGAACCAGAUUUGCCAAGCGCCGAAGAACGAUGUGUGUGGAGCAAUCUGUUUGCUAUGCUGAAUCAACCAAACCCACGAGCAAAUGUUUAUCCCAAAAACGAGGACUCCAAACUGUACGAGUCGGUAAAGAAAUCAAUGAAAAAGUACUGCGAUGUUAUUAGAAAACCAUCGCCUUCAAGCCGUGUGCCAAAGGUUUCAACAAGUGAAGAGAAUGUGAUGCAGUCUUCCGGCGAACCAGUCUUUAAGAAACAAAAAGCAGAAACCUCAUCUUUUAAUGGCGAAAAUGAUGGUUUUAAAAGAAUAGAACAAUUCCGACGGAUGUUCGAUCGGUUCGAUAUUGUUCACAGUUUAAACGAAGACGACCGUCCGUCGGAAAUUAUUGAGCCGGAAGGGGAGAACAGUUUGCGGCUCGUAUUCGAUCUGUUUGCAACAGAAUCUCAUACGUUCAAAAAGAGCCUUCCUCCUCUGCCGAUUGCACGAAUUAUUGUACGAAGAUCAUCCCAACCGUUACCUCAUUUUACGGACCUCCAAAGAUUGUACCGACAGCAGAAGACUUCGGUUCCGUUAAUGUUAAUGCUCGUUUCGGAUACUUUGUCCGUGCAUUGCUUUCUGUACGAUAUUAGAUGCGUUGCGCGAAACAUAAUUUCUCUCUCAGAUGAAGCUUCAACGAAAUGAAUAAUGAAGCGAUAGCUUAUAUUUUCGAUGAAAAAAAAACUAUAUUUUUGUGCCUUAAUUACGAACAAAUGUAUGCACCACGGUUACGAUGCACUUUUCAACAACAA